GUGCUCCGAGCGGGCCCAGAGCAGCUCGGGGCCUUCCCCUGCCCCGCUCCCUCCUCUCGAUCCUCUGGGGCCAUGGCAGCCGCCAGGAGUGUGAUGAGAGCAGUCCGAGUGCUUGAAUUUGGUGGCCCUGAGGUGCUUAAACUCCAGUCAGAUGUGUUAAUUCCUGUUCCAAAAGAAAACCAGGUAUUAAUUAAAGUCCAUGCCUGUGGGGUAAAUCCUGUUGAGACAUAUAUUCGCUCUGGGACUUACGCCAGGAAACCGGCUCUGCCCUACACUCCUGGCUCGGAUGUGGCUGGGGUGGUUGAAGGUGUUGGGGAACAUGUGACUGCAUUCAAGAAAGGUGACAGAGUUUUCACCCUGGAAACGGUUUCUGGAGGAUAUGCAGAGUAUGCAGUUGCUGCAGCCAACAGAGUCUUUCCYUUGCCAGACAAACUGGACUUCAGGCAGGGAGCAGCAAUCGGAGUGCCCUACUUCACUGCUUACCGGGCCCUUUUCCAGAAGGGCUGUGCCAAAGCAGGGGAAAUCGUGCUGGUUCAUGGUGCCAGUGGUGGGGUGGGACUAGCAGCAUGUCAGAUUGCCAGAGCUUGUGGUUUGAAGGUUUUGGGUACAGCAGGAACUGAGGAGGGCAUGAAUGUGAUCCUGAGAAACGGUGCUCACCAGGCCUUUAAUCACAGAGACCCCAAUUACACGGAGAGAAUUAAGGAGUGUACAGGGCCACGGGGAAUCGAUAUCAUCAUAGAAAUGCUCUCUAAUGUCAACCUGGAUGCUGACUUGCAAAGACCUCGUCAUAAACACUGUGUUUGUUGCAUACAGGAGGAGAGGCAUGAAUGUGCUACAGCAGUUCUGGAUGGCAUAGAAGCUGGCUGGCUGAAACCUGUUGUGGGCUUGGAAUAUCCCCUGGAGAAAGUAGCCAAGGCUCAUGAAGACAUUAUUUGUAGCAGUGGUGCCCGAGGGAAGAUGGUGCUCCUUCUAUAA